AUGGCGUAUGUUUGGCAAGAGAGCGUCUGUGCGAUGGCGUGUGAUGUCGUCUCUUGCGGCUGGGCAGCUGGGGGUGAAGCGGGCAACGCGAUCCAUCGGAGCAGCAAGACGCCCCCCAUCUCCCUGCCAGAAGCGUGGGCACUAACACCCAAUGGGAAGCGAAGCUGGCGACAACGUUGUGGCUCUGGGGUCACAGCACACGAGGAGACUUGGGUCGACUUGAACCUCUCCUCAGCCCGGGCGACUGUCUCUGGCUCAGGGACAGGGGGACGCCAGGCCCGCCCAGCCUGGCCCGGCCCAGUCCAGUCCAAGGGCCAGGGUGCCAUCUGCAAAGCGGUCGCAGUCAUCCCUCUGGACCUCCUCUGGGUGUGCCCUCCAACUGCCAACACCUCGAGCCAGGGCCAAUCCGAGCAGCCAGGGCGCCGGCGAAUGGAGGGUCCAGCCUGGCGCCAGGACAGGCUGGGCUUGGUGCGUGAGCUGCAAGGCAAGGACGGUGGCCCUGGGCUCCUCCGUCAAGGUGGCGCCAGCGCCUGGUCUGCCCAUUGGUGA